CAAAGGCUUGCCGUACUUGAGGUUUUUAGCAAGGCAAAAUGACGACGGAGAUCGUUCGCGCUCUGCGGGCACGGCCGCCAGCACCGACUGCAUCGGAAAUGUUUCAUGCGAAUAUCAAAAAAGGAAGCUUAAACGUUGAGACUUCUGGAGGCAUUAUGCAUGUGAGUGCCGGCAUGGCGGACCUCGCCGUGGUUCCUGCAAAUUCUGUAUAUGGCCAUGUCAGCGCCAAGGCAAAGUCGACGAAAGCCACUGACAGUACUCCCACUCGGAGACCAUCACAAUUGGUGGUUAAAGCACCGGAUGAGCAAAUAUCGGAAUAUCCAAGAAGAAGGGCCAUGUCGGCGAGAAGGGCAUCAGAGUACACUCCGGUAAGGGACAGUAAGAGCAAAACUCCACUGGUGAUCACACAUGAGAACGUUACUGCGCUUGCCAAAAUGUCCAAAGCAAAAGAUUCGAGUUCGGAGACAUGCACCGCUCGUAGAAAUCGCAGUGGUAGUGCACCACCGGCAGUGGCACGAGUUUUGGGUAUCGCAGAGAAGGGAGAUGCGUCGCAGCGCCGCAAAUCAGUCGUUUUUAAGAAUGAUGGUCGUCCACCAUCGGUUCUUGCGGCUACUGAUAGAGCUCCUGCUGAACAAAGGCUUUCAAAGUAUGAAAUAAAAUCUAAUUAUCAAAAGUGA